UAGUUUUUGAACCAGCUUUUGUAAACACGCUUACAUUUCAUGCACACUACAAAAACGGAUUAGAUAAUAAACAGUCAGACGGCGAUUGUUGACACCCAUAUAAUACAUCUAGGUAAAGGCAUCCAUUUCUCCAUCUCAAACAAUGGCACAGAAUCUCGAGGACUUUAUUAAGAAAUACAACCCGCAUGCGGAAACAGUGCAGUUUCUAAAAGCGCGUGCAGAAGACGGGGUCCCGCCUUACUUCGAGAUCGGCGUGGAACGCGCCAGACUCGAAAGCAUAAAAGCGUCUGAAAAAUACGGCGGCAAGAUUGACUUUGACGGUGCCGAUACAGAACUCUUUGUACCGUCCCCGCACUGUUCAGACGGCAUCCCAGUGUCUGUGUACUUCCCAGUGGCGUGUCAAGGGGACGCUACUCCGACCAUCCUGGUCUACUUCCACGGGGGAGGUAACGUGGUCGGCUGCAGACAAACACACGAGACUAUCUGCAAGAUACUCGCCAGAGACGCCCAGUGUAUCGUGGUCAACGUUGAGUAUAGACGGGGUCCGGAACAUCGAUUUCCCGCCAAUAAUGAUGACGCGAAGUGCGUCGUGCAGUGGGUAGCGGAGAACAAACAUGCAGUGGGUGGCGGUUCUGGCAGCAAGCUGGGAGUGGCCGGGGACAGCGCGGGGGGUCGAAUAGCGGCUGUCGUCAGCUAUGAUGCUAGGGAUCUCAUCGACUUUUCUGUUCUGGUGUACCCCAACACGACGAUGCAUUUCAAUUACCCGUCCAUUGAGGAGUUCAGAGAAGGGCCGGGCCUCUCGUACAAGCUUCUUCAAUGGUUUAUGGGCAACUACCUGACCGGGGAAGAGGACAGAAACGACCCGCGGGCCUCUGUGCUGCUUAGGGAGGACUGCUCCAACCUGCCACCAACACUGAUCAUAGUCGCGCAGCUUGACCCUCUCAGGGACGGUUGCUAUGCGUAUGCAACGAAGUUGAAGGCCGCCGGGGUAGAGGUAGAAGUAAGGACGAUACAGGGUGUUCUACACGCAUUCUGGAGCCUCACAGGUGCAUACCUGGAAACGGGAAAAGAAGCCCAGGGCUAUGCUAUACAGUUCAUACGGAAGUUCAAGGCUUGAUAAAGGAGGUCCUGGUGUUGUGACACGUCAUAGUCGUCACAGUUUAGUAUAUGUGUAUCAUCAGACGGCGUGCUAUUUGUAUUGUGAAUAAUAAGUUAAGCCAUUGUGUUCAUCUGUUGAUAUAUGUUGAGUGUAUAUAGUUUGUGUGUGUGCUCUGCCGCAAAUAAGCAGUGUCUUAUAACGCCUUUAAAAUGAAGCAAAAGAUGAACAUGUAAUCGAUGUGAUGACGACUCUGGUUUAAACUUAAAACAAAAGCAAAAGAUUGGUGAUUGCCCAUAAAAACUCUUUUUGGUCAGUUCAGUUUGUUUGGCGAUGAGAGAUAAUUCUGAAUCGGUUAUGUGACUGUAAUGACAUUUGUCUCCCUUAUAUUAAUCAAUACCAUAUAAAAUUCAUCACAAUGUAAACUACUACAUGAAACAUGUCACAACCGCAUGGCAUCGGGACCGGGAAAACCAUAGUAUGCAUGGAUAUUAUCUGUGGAUAUUCGAUUAUAUGAUUGCACAGUAUCAUGUCAAACAUAUUUAUACUAAAUUACUGUGUAUAUUUCUAUUCUUAUUUGCAUAUUUGUACAACGUACCAUGUUUAUGUUAAAAGUGUAAACUCUCAAUCAAGCACUUUGUGUAUUCUAGAAUGUCAUAAUUUGUAUGUUUAUAUAUGUUCAUAAAACUAAUAUUUAGAUGAACCUUUUUAACAUGUUUAUUAAAAAUACGUAAUAAAUUGAGUGUUCAUA